CGCUGUCAAGAGGGUGGAUGCCGAGAGCUGGAAAUGACCUAGAGGCCUUACAGAUACAUUUGUGCUUUUGUUGCUCUAAUCGGCGUGUGCAGAGCACAUCGAGAUCAAGAAGCACACUUGUUUCCGCGGUGAGUAAUAACUACCUCAGUCAGCAGAAGAGAGGGGAAAUUGGGAGGCUGGUGGAGUUGCUGGACAGAAAGACAGAAAACACAGGGAGGCAGAGCCUUCAGCUGGCCACUUGCUCACUGCCUGCUGAGCCCUGUGUGGUGAAGAGGAACUGAGACGGACUGGAUCUGUCUGGCCAUUGCCUCACAAACUGUUCUGGUACCAGUCAUUAGCCAGGAAAAGCUGAGGUCUCAUCAACCUGUCAGCAUUCAGACGCCUGUUAUUACUUUGUUAAUUAUUAUUUUAUUUUAUUUUCCUCUUUGCUGUUGACCAGUGUCUUGUUUUCGCCCAAUAUCAUCUCUGCUUUUUGUGAACAGCUUUUAAAAGGUUUUCUAUUUUUUAUAAGCGGCAGACGCAUACAGUUAUAACUAUAAAUGUACUUGUAUAUGUAUACUCCUGUCUAAAAAAUAAUUUCUUUUCUGCUUCCGUUUGAAGUAAAAGUAAUGCACUUUGAAUUUAUUUUUUGGCAGUAGCUCCGAGUAGCCUGGAGUGCAAAUCAAAGACAGUUUUCGACUUCUUUUCCUUCAGUCACGGUUCUUCUGUUUUAAGGUGAAAGUCGGGGAAACUGCGCUUUGUGGUCACUUCUAUUUGCCUAGCUUGUCUGUUGUAAUCUGCAGCAGGACUGCAAGUAAGCAUCGCACUCAAGACUGUCUGUCUUUUUCAGUGCCCUCCCACCUCCUCCUUUUUUUCUGCAGCCUCUCCACAAGGCACACUGACAUGAGCCUCUGGCAGGUGGAACACUGGAGCUCACUUUUUACUUAACCUGAAUAGUUCCAGAACUCUCAGGUUGGGUCCUUUUUGUUUUGUAAGAAAAAUAAGAGCUUGUGGCUAGUAGAAAGAAAACAAGAAGCUUCCGGUGCCGGCGCACCACUUAUGUAUUGUUGCAGUGCACAGGAAAGUAAAAUGGACUACAAGCGGCGCUUUUUGCUAGGCGGGUCCAAGCAGAAAGUGCAACAGCACCAGCAGUACCAGAUGCCUGAGCUUAGUCGCACCCUCAGUGCCCCCCUGGCCUCCUCCUGCUCUGCCACCUCACCCUUGGGCACUGGGGUGGGCAUGCCUGGGGGCUGCCACCCACCUCCAUCAAACACCACCACUGCGGUAGCCGACAUCCAGCAGGGCAUCUCCAAGUACCUGGAUGCCCUCAAUGUGUUCUGCAGGGCCAGCGCCUUCCUUACAGACCUGUUCAGCAGUGUGUUCCGGAGCUCUCACUACUCUAAAGCAGCUAUGCAACUUAAGGACGUGCAGGAACACGUCAUGGAGGCGGCCAGCCGACUCACUGCAGCAAUAAAGCCUGAGAUUGCCAAGAUGCUGAUGGAGCUGAGUGCCGGAGCUGCCAACUUCAAAGACCAGAACGACUUCAGCCUUCAGGAUAUGGAGGUACUAGGCCGGUGCUUCCUGACGGUGAUGCAGGUCCAUUUCCAGUUUCUAUCCCAGGCCUUGCAGAAGGUCCAGCCUGUGGCCCAGUCCUGCCUAGCAGAGGCCCUGGCCCAGGCCCAGGAGCGCCGCACUAGCGCCCGUUCCCAGAGCACUGGUCCUGGUCCCAUCAACGAGCUAGAGGAGGCCUCCCGCUCAUGGAAGGGUGCGGCUGAGGCCAUGGCACGGCUUAGGGAGAGGGGUCGAGACGGCUGCCUGGCAGGCAUCCAGGUUCAGCAGCUCUUCUGCUCCAACAACACAACCAUCCCUGAGCACCAGCUCAAAGAGCUCAACUUAAAGAUUGACAAUGCUUUACAGGCCUAUAAAACAGCACUAGAGAGCCUAGGUCACAGUGAGUACGCUCUGAAGGCCGGAUUUCAUCUCAACCCCAAAACUGUUGAGGCGGCUUUACAGGGCUGCUGCAGUGAAGCGGAGGCCCAGCAGGCUGGCAGGAUACAGACCACUUCUCAGUCCAUCCAGUGCGAGCUGCCCACCAUCCCUGUGCAGAUUGGAUCCCACUUUCUCAAAGGAGUGUCCUUCAACGAGUCGGCCGCUGAAAACCUCAAACUGAAAAUGCACACCACGCUGCAGCUCAUUACGGAGGCACUGGGCCAGAACGGAGUGCCCCGCAGGGAUGAUUCCCCCGUCACUGAGGUCCUCAACCAAGUAUGCCCCUCCAGCUGGAGAGGCGCCUGCAAAACUGCUGUCCAACUGCUCUUUGGCCAGGCUGGACUGGUAGUUGUUGAUACAGCUCAGAUUGAGAACAAGGAGGCCUAUGCUCCUCAGAUCACUCUGGAGGGUUCCAAGGUGGUCGUACACGUUCCCUCUACCUGGUGUCUGAAGGAAGACCCAGCGACCAUGUCCCUGCUCCAGCGUAGCCUGGACCCAGAGAAAACACUGGGUCUUGUGGAUGUGCUCUACACAGCAGUGUUUGACAUCAACAGAUGGAAGGAGAGAAAAGAACAAGCCUUGCCCACCAUUCAGAUGCAGUUGCAGCGGGAUAUUCCAGAUUACGUCGGCCAGGCAGACUUGCCUCCAGGCACCAGCUCUAAGACAUCCAGUGGCCUGCCCAAAACCAUCUCUAAGCUGACUUCCAAGUUUACCAGAAAGGCUUCAUCCAACUCUAGCAGCGGGGGCAGCUACUCCAUCCCCAGCACCCCGUCUCGCAGCAUGCAGUCUGCCAGCUCCGAGGACAAGCCUAAGACUCUGGGCCACAGUGAUGGGAGGCUGCAGAGCAUCCUGCAGAUGGGUAGCCUUUCCUCCACCCCUGAGUCAGCCCAGCAGAACCAGCUGGCUAAUGGCUCAGUGUCUGAUGACCAGGGGAUGAACCUGCCUACUGACCAGGAGAUGCAGGACGUCAUUGACUUUCUCUCAGGUUUCAACAUGGGCAAGUCCCAGCAGGCCUCUCCACUGGUUAAGAGGAGGAACUCUGUGGCGUCUGGUAACCCUGCAGAGUUGAAACCCCCAAGCGGUGUCCCGCCGACAUCCCAGGCAGUUUCUCACGGUACCCUGCAGCCUCCAACUCAGACCCAGCCCCAAACUCAGCCUCAGCUUCCCCAGCCGCCACAGAAACAGCUGCCUCCACAACCACAAACGCAACCCCCACCCCAGCCACCACCACAACAGCAGCCUCAGCAGCAACAGCAACCCCCUCCCCCACCACAGCAGCCCUCCCCACAGGCCCUUCAGUUCUACCAGCACCUCCUCCAGCCCAUUGCUCAGCAGCAACCACCACCUCCUCCCCAGCUCCCCCCCCAGCAGCCCCCGCCCCAGGCCCUGCCCCAGCAGAGAGUGCCAAACAAGUGGCUGGGUGGCUCCAGCCAGCAGCCGCCCCCACAAGGCCCCCCAGGUGGGCUGUCUCCACUAGGGCCCAUAGGCCAGUGGAGCUCACCAGCUCUCCCGGAUCUGAGCUCAGACCUGUACAGCCUGGGCCUGGUCAGCUCCUACAUGGACAGUGUUAUGUCAGAGAUGCUGGGCCAGAAGCCCCAGGGGCCCCGCAACAACACCUGGCCCAACAGGGACCAGAGUGAGGGGGUGUUUGGAGUUCUGGGGGACACGCUCCCCUUUGACCCGGCAGUUGGCUCUGACCCAGAGUUUGCACGUUACGUUGCCGGGGUCAGCCAGGCCAUGCAGCAGAAGCGUCAGGUGCAGCACAUCCGUCGCCCCAGCAACACUCGCAGCAACUGGCCAAUCCCCGAUGAGCAGCACAGGACCUGGUCCCACCCAGAGUACUACAGUGAGGGGGAGGCAGUCAACAGCAGCUGGUCGGCCAAUCAGGGUGACUCAGCCAGCUCCAGCGAUGAGACCUCCUCAGCCAAUGGCGACAGCCUGUUCUCAAUGUUCUCUGGACCAGACCUCGUAGCAGCGGUUAAACAAAGACGAAAACACAGCUGUGGCGAACAGGAAGUGUGCACUCUGUCCUCACCGCCGCUUCAUCACGUGGGGGAUGAUAACCAGGACAGCAAAACUAAGACCUGGCCUCCUAAGGCACCGUGGCAGCACUCAGCCCACACCAACACAAUGCCCAAUCCCAGCUCUUCCUUGUACCAGAUGAAUAUUCCUCCUUCAUCCCAGUGGAGCGACUCCAUGCAGAUGCUACAGUCUCCCGUGUGGUCCACCUCCAGUGACUGCUCCCCUUCCACAGGGAUCUCCUCCGGCUUCCCUUUCACCCAACAGCAGCAGCAGCAGCAGCAGCAGCACAAACCCAUAAGCAAGGGCUUCAAAUCCUUCCCCCUCAAACAGGAGCACAGACCCUCCUACCUUCACCAGUACUGAUCAGAUCAAACCCCUAUUCUGGUGUUGGGAGCCCAUGGUGUGGUGCAAUGAAGGGCCUGCAGGUUUUGUUUGAUUAGCCAAUAAGCAGGCUGAGCUCCACACGUGAGCGACACACCCAUUGAAUUGGAGGGUCCCAGCGUCGGGGUGUUGGCCCCGGUGCCAAAUUAAGUGUACACACUGGCCCCGACUUGUUUUAUAUCUCUAUUUUUCCAUGUCACACAUCCCCAUUUGAAAAAGAGAAAUAUUUUGAACUACCAUGUUUGGACUACAGGUGAUGCAUGUUUCAAAGAGGCAUAAGUUAGUCUAGUGGUCGUCUCUCUGUCUGUCGAGCUGCCCGUCUGCAUCUCCUCAGACAAGAGCUGGAGUUGUGUGCGGCCAUAACCCGCCUCACCCACUGAAAAUGUGUGUCGAGGAAGGGAACUCUUAAGAGGGAGGUAGGGGGCAGCAAGGGCUUGAAAUGCUCCAGUUUUGCCCACAAUUAAUAUACUGUGUCUACAUAGCUGUAACUGCCAAAUCUCACACAAGAUGACCAGAAUACAGCUACCAUCUACUGUUUCAUAGCUUGUAAAUUACUGAAGUUGAAAUAUGAAUAUUUAGUUCUUUUUAUUAAGAGGCUUUGAGCAGGCUCAGCAUAAAUAUAGUUAAGUUGUCACAGAGGUGUAAUUUGAGAGAAAUACACUACUUUUUCAACAACUGACAAGAGUUAAAAAUAUUAUAGCAGUAACUAUGUGCCAUGUUGGUAUUGAUAGCACUUGCAGAAUAUUAUUUUCCAACCAAAGCGUUGUUCAGAUGACGAAUGGUGCUGAGAUGAUGGGAGGCGGUCUGAGAUUAUUGUAUCGGUCAGGAGAAGGGUUUCACACCCUGUUGGACGAAAGCAUUAGGGAACGUCUUCAUGACCCAAAGUGAAUUGAAUUCCUUUUUUUCCCUAACCGGCGGUUUGCUUCAGAUUGACACUAACUCCUAAAAUACCUAACUUGUGUUCCAUUUACAAAAUACGAUAUUUUUCUUGUACAAAUAUUGACAGUAUUAAUCUUAUUUUUGUAUUUUCUUACAUGUUAUACCAUUACUGUAUGUUAGUAUACUUUGGGUAUAUUACAUAAAACAUAACACCCCCCCCCAUCCAUCCACCCCCUCUGAGAUGUGAAAAGCACAUGUUUUGUUUUUUCUUUCUUUCCUACAGAGUUGAAUUACACCAUAUAUCUAUAAAGGUUACCAAAUAUGCCAUGCUAAACACUAAAACAUUAUGUUGAGGGUAUUUUUCCAGCCCUCAUUUCUUCGGUUUAUAUGGCGAUGGGCUGCAUUUAAAGGCCCAGAAUGUUAACUUUUGUGAUGUUUGCGGAUGCCAAUGUUGCCUGUAUUUAUGAAAUGACACCAUGUUUUCUGAAAACUAACAUACUUACCAUGUUUACAGAGGAUUGUUUGCUGUAUAUACAUAUAAAUAUAUAUCUUUUUAUAGUUAAUGUGCUUUGCACAAUCAAGAUAUAGGGGUUUGUUGCUUUUUGUCUGUGUUAUCUCCUAAACUGUUGCAGCCUUUUUUUAAGACAUCAUUUAAGACCUUGGACUGUAACUGUUAGCAUUUCUCAGCUGUGUCAAAUGGUUUACUAGUGGCUUCUACAAAAAAAGGAAAAAAAAGAGAAAAUGUGGCCCAGAUAGAAGAUAUGAAGGGGGACUGCUUGGCUUAUGUUGCUUAUUGUUCUCUUGAGCUGGCAACUGAAUCUUUCCAAGUGUACCAGCAAUGCAAAAAAAAAUAAAUAAAUAAAAAUGACUAGCAA